AGCAGCCCCCGGCGUCGGGGCGGGAGCGACGGGCGCGGAUGAGGCGAGGCCCGCGGGCGCAGCUGUUGCCGGGCUAUGGCGGGACGGCGCUCAAGAGGCUGAUGGCCGAGUACAAACAAUUAACACUGAAUCCUCCGGAAGGAAUUGUGGCAGGCCCCAUGAAUGAAGAGAAUUUUUUUGAAUGGGAGGCAUUGAUCAUGGGCCCAGAAGACACCUGUUUUGAGUUUGGUGUUUUUCCUGCCAUUCUGAGUUUCCCACUUGAUUACCCAUUAAGUCCCCCAAAGAUGAGGUUCACCUGUGAGAUGUUUCAUCCCAACAUCUACCCCGACGGGAGAGUCUGCAUCUCCAUCCUGCACGCUCCGGGCGACGACCCCAUGGGCUACGAGAGCAGCGCCGAGCGGUGGAGCCCAGUGCAGAGCGUGGAAAAGAUCCUGCUGUCGGUGGUGAGCAUGCUGGCAGAGCCCAACGAUGAGAGCGGCGCCAACGUGGACGCUUCCAAAAUGUGGCGGGAUGACCGGGAGCAGUUUUACAAGAUUGCCAAGCAGAUCGUGCAGAAGUCUCUGGGGCUCUAGACCUCGCCUCAGCGCAUGCG